GGUGUUUAUUCAUUGAGGUGAUUUUUUUCGACCACACCACCACUUCUGCCAGCACCAAAAUGGCCUGGAAUUAAAGCACGUCUUUUGUCUACAUAACAAGAAAAAUAGGUGCAGCUGGGACACGACGAUGGGGCGCUGCAGAGUGAGAACACCGUGCUGUUGCUGAAACCACAAGAGAGACACUCUGGAGGGGGGCCAGCUCUGAACGAACCUAAGAAAGAAAGAAAGAAAAAAAGAACGGACUUCAAGAAAAAAGGUCAAAAGAAGGAGGGAAGGACGGAAGGAAGGAUGGCCAACGCAAGCGAGAGCAGCGAGGGACCCAGCCACCCGCUGGCAUCCGGUUCCUCCGUCGUUUCCACAUAUGUCAAGCUGGUCCUUCUCGGGCUCAUCAUCUGUGCGAGUCUGGCGGGCAACCUGGUGGUGUCCCUGCUCAUUCUGAAGGACCGAGCCCUCCACAAGGCCCCCUACUACUUCCUCCUGGACCUCUGCCUGGCAGACACCAUCCGCUCGGCCGUCUGUUUCCCUUUUGUCCUGGUAUCUAUCAAGAACGGCUCGGCCUGGACCUACAGCGUGCUCAGCUGCAAGAUCGUGGCUUUCAUGGCCAUCCUCUUCUGCUUCCACGCGGCUUUUAUGCUCUUCUGCAUCAGUGUGACCCGCUACAUGGCCAUCGCCCACCACCGCUUCUACUCCAAGCGCAUGACCUUCUGGACCUGCGUGGCUGUGGUCUGCAUGGUGUGGACGCUUUCGGUGGCCAUGGCCUUCCCCCCAGUGUUCGACGUGGGCACCUACAAGUUCAUCCGCGAGGAGGACCAGUGCAUCUUCGAGCACCGCUACUUCAAAGCCAACGACACCCUGGGCUUCAUGCUCAUGUUGGCCGUCCUCAUCCUGGCCACCCACGUGGUCUACAUGAAACUGCUGCUGUUCGAGUACAAGCAUCGCAAGAUGAAGCCCGUCCAGAUGGUCCCGGCGAUCAGCCAGAACUGGACGUUCCACGGGCCGGGGGCCACUGGCCAAGCAGCCGCCAACUGGAUCGCGGGAUUUGGGCGCGGCCCCAUGCCCCCUACCCUGCUGGGGAUCCGGCAGAACGUUCAUAACCAGAACCGCCGGCUUCUGGGCAUGGAGGAGUUCAAGGCAGAGAAGCGGCUGGGCCGGAUGUUCUACGUGAUCACGCUGUGUUUCCUGGUCCUAUGGUCACCGUACAUCGUGGCCUGCUACUGGAGGGUGUUCGUGAAGGCCUGCACCGUACCUCACCGCUACCUGUCCGUCGCAGUGUGGAUGAGUUUUGCCCAGGCCGGGGUAAAUCCCAUCAUCUGCUUCUUCCUCAACAAAGACCUCAAGAAAGGUCUUCUGGCUCAUCUGCCCCCUUGUUGCAGGACUAAACCCCAACUGCCCCGCGAGCCCUACUGCGUCAUGUGAAAGAAGAGUGGUGCAGGGAAUCUAGAGGAAGCUGUAUUUUGCCCUCCCUUUCUAACCUAGAUUCAGGUUCAAAUGUACAACACAACCAUUUGAAGGGAUUCCUUUUCUGUUCUACUUUUAACCU